AGAUAUAAAAUGAUCGAAAAAUAGUUCCAAACACAAAAAGCACGAAAACCUUCAGACCAAAACAAACCACGAUAGGCAAAGGCUGAUGAGCUAAUCAGCUAUACCGCCUACUGAGAGCAAGACGCUGCUCAGCAGCUACAGGGGUGGGCUGUCAAAUCGACGUAAAAGAAACAGAUGGAUGUAUGGUCGCUGUCACCUAUCCAACCAACAACAGAAGAGAAGAAGAAGAAGAAGAAAUUUAAUAUUUCCGAUAGUUUUGUAUCUAUUUAUUCAUAAUUGUGUAAUUGUUAUAGAAAAUAAUUGCCGGUGUGUAACGGUGUAACGUUCAUCAAAUCAAGUAAGCGAAAAAUAACGAAAUUCGUAUUUGUGCGCAUUACUCAUUGCGAACAACAGCAGAAUGGAUUCAGUUGAGACAAGUGAGGCGGAAUUUCCCGUCUUGGACGGGGAGGAUGACCGCGCUUGGCGUGGUGUUCCCAUGGACACAAUAUAUCGCGGCUUGGGCCGAUACGAGUUGCGCCAUUUCCCUGAAGUUCGCCCGGCUGAGGAUCACGUUGUGUUGUACAACUUGCCGAUAGAUGAUCCAAACGGCACGGAACCGCCGAAGCCGCGUAGGGCCUACAACAAGUGGGAUGCCAAUCAUGUUCGGCUGCCCUGCUCGCACCGUAGCCAAUAUCCGGUGGAGCAGGAAGAUGGGGGAACAACGCUGGAGAGUCGAUGGGAAUUGGUGCAGAAUGCUCUCCUGCAGCCAAUUGCCAACAGCCGGGAGCUGGAAAGGGCUAUCCUAUCGUACAACACGAAAUAUGCCGGCAGUUGGAAGUUCAAAUCGCUUCAUAAGCUGUUUGAAGAAGAUCUGGAAGAGGAAGAGAGCGCGGGAUUUUUCGAGUACACGUUACCAAAGAUGAUCCGGUUGGCGUUGUCGCUGCCGGAUUUGGUUCCCGGAGCCAUUCCAUUGUUGAAGCAGGGAAGCAAUAAGGCCAUUUCACUGACCCAGCAACAGGUGGCCUGUCUCUUGGCUAAUGCUUUCUUGUGUACGUUUCCCCGACGCAACACGCAAAAGAAGAAAUCGGAGUACAGUCUAUUUCCGGAUAUAAACUUCAAUCGGCUGUUUCAAUCCGGAGGACAAUCAGUUCUGGAAAAGAUCAAAUGUAUCUGCAAUUACUUCCGGAGAGUUUGCUCGAGAAUGCCUGCCGGAGUGUUAACGUUUCAACGAAGAUAUAUGAACCCAAAGCAAUUUAUAGACUGGAGUAAAUGCGAUGUUAUCGUGGGAAGAGACACAGUUCCAAUCCACAUCAAUUCGGAGGGGACGAUCGAGGACGAAGGCAAAGGGCUGCUUCAGGUGGACUUUGCCAAUAAAUAUCUGGGCGGGGGCGUUCUUGGACAUGGAUGCGUACAGGAAGAAAUCCGGUUUGUGAUCAAUCCGGAGCUGUUGGUCAGCAAACUGUUCACGGAAGCGCUCAAACCUCAGGAAGCCCUCGUCAUGAUGGGUUCGGAACAGUUCAGUGAGUACAGUGGUUAUGCGUCCAGUUUUACGUUCGCUGGAGAUUUCGAGGACGAGACCCCUCGCGAUGCCAGCGGUCGACGGGAAUGCUACAUAGUAGCGAUAGAUGCGUUGCAUUUUGUGCAGAGUAUUCACCAGUACCGGGAGGAAUUGAUGCUCCGGGAGUUGAACAAGGCCUACGUGGGAUAUUAUCAUCCACUGUCGACGCCGGCUCCGGGAGUUGCCACGGGGAAUUGGGGCUGUGGGGCAUUCGGAGGUGAUGCCAAGCUGAAAGCGAUGCUGCAAUUGAUGGUUUGUUGCGUGCUCAGUCGUCCCUUGGUGUACUACACGUUUGGAGAUAGCGAUUUGAGGGAUCAGUUCUAUGCAAUGUACACGUUCCUGGUGGACCACAAAGUUAAAGUUUGCGAAAUUUGGCGAACCCUCAAAGAUUUCCGGAAACAUAAUUUGCCACCCAGUAAACUGUAUGCUUACUUCUACCAAGAUUACUACGAUAGGAAAAGUAAGCCAUCUUGCUUCAAUUUGAAAAAUCUGAUGCCAAAAGAAAGAACUCCGGAGCCGAAAGCAGAAAGUCCUUUCCCAGAGGACGACGAGUUAAAUGACGAAAAUCUAGCUAAUUUAAUGACACAUUUGGACAAUGAAGAACAACCCUGUUCCUCUACGUCGCACGACUCGAGCAAGAUCUCCUCCUCGGUUGUAACUCAGUCACCACAGAAACCUUCCUCUCGGGUAUCGCUUAUUGCCGAGCUGGAUCGCAACUAUUACACCGUUGGACCUGGUCCGGCAAAAAAGCUGUGCCCUUCCACAUCGCCAUGCCCCAAGGCAGAAAAUGACAAAGAGAAUGACGGGGAGAUUCAGGUGAAAGAAGAUUCCGUGAUGAUCCAGAUCGAGGACGAGACCAAAGAUCGAGUGAUUGUAAGUAGUGAAACUAUUAGGUGCGAAACUGAUGAAAUUGGAGAAUUUGUCGAAGCGAGUCCACCGGAAGAAGCACGGAAGAAACAGCAACGCAGAACGAUAUCUGAUUACUUCUCCAAAGGCGUUGGUAAGUAGUUGCUAUCGAGAUGUUGUUGACUAGUCGUUGAAUUUUAAAAUAUAAAAAACAGGUUUGUAACUGUUACAGUCCUUGAAA